AUGCCCACCCAAGAAAACCCAGAAGCUACACUCGUGGCUGGGCGUCGACAAGCUUCGCAACGAAUACCCAGCUCUGGCGGAAAAAUACCAGGUGGAGAAGAUAAUCGGAUUCGGAUCGGAGGCCAGGCCAGCGUGUUCAAAGUUCUGCGCAGGAAAGAUGGACAAGCUUUUGCCGUGAAGACGAUCCUUGACAGUGGCGAUGGAUAUUUCGAUCGGGAGGAUCGAACGUUGGCGACCCUGGGGUAUUCCAACACCGAUCGCUUGCCCGAUCGCAAGCAAGUCCGGGACCUUGUUCUUGAGCUCUGCGACUAUAACCUCUACGAGCGGAUCUCGCUGAAGGGCGUUCUAGGCGAGCAUGAAGCCGCAAAGAUCAUCGCGCCGCUCGCAAAGACACUGGGACAAGUUCACGAGGAAGGCUUCAUCCACUGCGACGUGAAGCCGGAGAAUGUGUUGCUGGCUGAUCGAGAAUCAAACCAUGACUGCUGUGUGCCCAAGCUGUGCGAUUUCGGGCUGGCGUGCUGUAUGACGAAUCCAUGGCGGGUGUCGGGCAUCGGGACGUGGGUUUACAUGGCUCCCGAGGCGAUGCUAGGCGAUGGAUGUUACACUCCAGCGGUGGACGUUUGGGGUCUGGGAAUGGUUUUGUAUCACUGUCUCACGGCACGAACGCCAUUUCUCAAGCUUCGCAGGGAGGAGACGAGGAGGAUAUCUGAGAGCGUGAUAAGCAGUGGCUCGGGUGUCCAUCACGGCGUGUUUUGCUGGGAUGGCAUCUCGGAUGGAGCCCGAGAUUUGAUCAGGGGUAUGACUGCUAACAGGCUCGUAAUCAAGGAGAUCCUCAACCAUGAAUGGAUCAAGAGGCACAGUUCAAAGUAG